AUGUAGAAUUUCAAAUAUCACAUAUGUAUAAAAAUAAAAUUUAUAGAAUUAUAAAAAUAAUUUUCUGAAAAAGAAUUACGAUCUAAUCAUAUUGGCUUUUUAGAAUUUUUACCAAAUACUAUUUCUCUAGAUGCUAUGAAAAAAUACUUGAAAUCCAAAAAAUAUAAAUCUCUAAGGGAAUUUUGUAAAAUCUAUUUUGGAGAAGAUUUUCAUUUUGCUUAGAUAAAUUUAAUAAAAAGCUUAACAGGCUAUUCAUUAUUAACAUAUAUAAUGUAAAUAUAAGAUAGACAUAAUGGAAAUAUUUUAAUAGAUAAUUAAGGUGAUUUAAUUCAUACUGAUUUUGGAUUUAUGAUAUCCCAAUUCAAAACGACUUAAGAUUAUAUUGAAUUAAUGGAUGGAUGUGAUUGUAAAGCAUUCAAAUAUUUUAUAGAGUUGAUAAUUUCUGGAUUUUGAAUUAAGAGAAAGUUUUGCUACUUUAUUACAAAUUCUUGAAUUAAUGAUGGAAAAAAGCAAUUUUCAUAGUUUCACUUUUUUAAUAUUAACGAAUUUUAAAAUCAAUUUAAAUUGUAGGAAACCGAUGAAAAAGUAUUCUAAAAUAUUUAUAAUCAGUGCAAAAAUCAUGUAAUCAAAUUGA